GUCAGAUACACGGCGAGAACGAAGAGGAAGAAUGCAUGCCCUUUGAUCAGGGUUGUGGACGAAAGAAGGCCCAUUUUCGGGGUUUCGUUCCUUCGUUUUUUCUUCCUACCUGCCUGCUUUCCUUUUCUUCCCUGGGUUGCGAGGCGAAUGUCGGGAAGCGAUGUGGACGGUGUUGGCCGAGAACGAUGGGCGGAAGGACCGUCGGGGAGCUGAGCUCCCCUGGGAAAACGCCAUGUGGGGUUGCGGCCGUUGCUUUUCUUCCCCCGACGCAGUCCCACCCCUCGCGUCAUGUUCUGAGAAUUGUCAAGGCCGGGUCUUACAGCUAAUGGGGGGUAUUCUCUUUCUACCACAGACCCUUCAGGACUCGACACCAUGACCGAAGCCGCUUUCAAUCGAGAACGUCAUCUCAAGUAUUUCCUCCGAUGCCUUAAAACCUUCCUGCCCAGUCUUUACACCUCCAACGACUCGAAUCGCAUCCUCCUCGCCUUCUUCACCAUCGCCGGACUAGAUAUUCUAGGCGAGCUGCAGAACAAAACGACCCCCGAAGAGAGGAAGGGGUACAUCCAAUGGAUCUACCACUGCCAGGUCCCGUCCGGAGGCUUUCGGGGAUUCACAGGAACGGACUUUGGGCUUGAGAGACGGAAUCCGGCGAACGAGUCCUGGGACCCGGCCAACGUGCCGUCGACAUUCUUUGCGCUCUUGAUCCUCGUCAUCUUGGGCGACGAUUUAUCCCGAGUCAAGCGAACUGAGUGUCUACAAUGGCUUCCGAAGAUGCAACGCGAAAACGGCAGUUUUGGGGAAGUUCUGGGUCCUAACGGAGAAAUCGAGGGCGGGGGUGAUUUACGAUUUUGUUGCUUUGCCGCCGGCACAAGGUACAUUCUGAGAGGCAAACGUGGGAGCGAUGUGGAGGAUCUGGACGUGGACAAAUUGGUGGAGUUCAUUGAAGCUUGUCAGACAUACGACGGUGGUAUAUCCGAAGCGCCCUUCUGUGAAUCCCACUCUGGGCAUACCUACUGUGGAAUUGGCGCCCUGACUUUCCUCGGCCGUCUAUCGGAAGGCGACAAGUCGGUGGCGCUUCUUUCACCCGGGUCGGAAGCAUUUGAGACCCUGACUCGGUGGCUUGUUGCGCGACAGACAUCUGAACUCGGCGACGACGAAGAAGACGCCCACGAGGAAGACGACCAUACCGAGAGUGCCCGUGACCCAUUGAAUACCGCGCAAGCAGCAGACAAUGUAGACGAGAUGUUUGGCCAACUGCCUACCUUGCCAACGCCAUCGACGGAGACACUGGAAUGGGCUGGAUUCAACGGUCGAUGUAACAAAUAUGCCGAUACAUGCUAUUCAUUCUGGAAUGGCGCAACCCUCACCAUGAUGGACCGAUUCGCGUUGGUGGAUGCAGACCGCAAUCGACGAUAUCUACUCGACAAGACCCAGCAUUUGAUCGGAGGAUUUGGGAAGGGUGUGGGAGAGCCACCUGAUCUAUUGCAUUCUUACUUCGGAAUGGUGUCACUUGCUUUCCAAGGUGAAGCGGGACUUGAGGGCGUUGAUCCGGCACUGUGCGCUAGCCAUCGGGCCGUGCGACACCUACACACUCUGCCCUGGUGGCAAGAGCGAGCGGUAUAGCAUUCUAAUUCCUAACACAGCGUAGACUUGUUGUGACAUCAUAUUAAGCAUGCAGCCAUCAUACGAUCCGACCGAUUAAGGUGAAACUCGAUGGCCAGCGAGGCGAGGGAAUUCAGGGGCAGGCGGAGACGCUCCCGGCCGUUGGUUGGAGAGGAACUACGAGGGACUACGAGGGACUACGCCGUCCUGGGAACUAGGAACUCCUGUACGUAGCGUUAGCAAGGAGACCUGCUGAGUCAGGAUGACGAACGUGAGAUUAUGCUUUUUCCAUGACAGAAACGGCCCACGUUCCGGCUAAAUCGCCUCUUCAACG